AUCACAUGACGAGCUGGCUAUUAACAUAAUAAAAGAAGAUCCGCGCCCGAUGGGGGAAUGCGCUUAGAGGAACCAUCCUACCAUGCCUUCCAAUGUAAGAGCCGAAUCAACCGGCAACUGAAAUAAAACGAGAAAGGAGAGAAAUCCCGCUUGCUUACCCUUCGCCAUGGCGACGGAGCUCCUCCCAUGGCAUUGGAUUGUGGAAACCCUAGCCCAAGUCGAGGAAUUGGAUGCUUCCAUUCUCGAAACGAUUAUUUGUAGGGAUCCGGAUUUCUCCAAGAAUGCUCCCGAAAUCGUGCGGGAGAGAGUCGCAUUGAGAUACCUGGAGAAGCUUGUGCCAUCUUCGUCUGCUUCGGGCGUUCCUUCAACAUCAGCUUCUUUUCGUGCGAAUGAACCGGCUGUGGACGUUCUGAAAAAAGUGGCAGGUUUAUGCAAACUUGAAAAGGAUAAAGACAAGCUGCAUGCUCCUGACCUUCACCAGUUUAUUCUCCAAAAGAAGGCUUCCCUACCGAAGUCUUCUCUUCAGUUACAGCUGUCAUCCACUCUGGAGGGCCAUAGUCAACUUCUCUCAUCUUUGAAGGAACCUAGUGGCUUGUGCAUACAUAGUCGAGCAGAUUGUUUGCGAUGCAGCAUUGAUGAUGAUAAUCAAAGAGCAAAGAAGCUUAGAUUAAGCAGAAAGGAUGCUGAAAUCCAGUCACCGAAACAGAGGUCACCUGUUACUGCACAUGAUGGUGGCACAGUGACCUUGCAAGAAGAUUAUCCUGGAUCUGCACAGCAUGUGAAUAAGCGGAAUGUUUCAGAUGGUGAGAGGAUUAAUUUUAGCAGUGGUGAAAUCGAGCCACUAAUACAAACUUUAGCUGCUUCAGCUCCUGAUGGUGGUAAAUUCAAUUUGAAACAAGAUUCUUCUAGACUUGGAAAAGGUGGUGAAAUCCAGCCACUCAGACAAACUUCAGCUGCACCACCUUCUGAUCGUAAUGAUGUAAAUUUGCAAAAGGAUUCUUCCGGACUUGGACAGCAUUUGCCCAAGCAGAACAUGCCUGAUGCUGGUAGUAGUCACUUACAUCAAGACAUUGGUAGUACUGGUGGUGAUACCAUUCAAUUGUUGAAAGAUUACUCAAGUCUUCAAAAUGCAAGUUCAGAUAGAAGUACGAAGAAUGUGAAUCCAGCAUCCGGCAAGACAGACUUAUUUUCUGGUGUGCCAAGUGUGAUGCCAGAGGCAUCAAGUGAUAGCGAUGGUGCUUGUGAUGUUCCUUCUGAUUUUAAUCUUUGUGAUGUCUUUGAUAAUGAGAAGCACCGCUUACUGACUUCUCAAAGCCUUGCAAAUCAUGAUUCUGUUACUGGGGAUUGGACAGAACAGGGCCUAUGUAUAAAGUGCGAUAAUGGUGGUCAAUUGUUAAGUUGUAGUGCCAGUGGCUGUUCGAUAGGUGUCCAUGAAAGCUGUUUGGGACCAUUUGUUAAAGUUGAGAAGACAGGUCUUUUCUACUGCCCCUUCUGUUCAUUUAGAAGAGCUGCUAUUGCAUAUUGCAAAGCCAGGGAAAAGCUUUCAUCGGCCAAGAAUGCCCUUUCAGCUUUUCUCGGAAAGGAUCCUAUUCCUGGGCAUCGAAAGGAACAAUCAUCUCCAAAAGUUCAUAGAGAAACAAGUCAAGCAGAUGUUGCUGGAAAUUUGAGUCAUCAGUCAGCUGUCCCUCAUGCGGACAAGCUGAAUGUGAGCUUUUCAACAGCACAAGAAGAACACCAGCAAUUAGAAGUUGCCAAGGUUUGUGAUAAAGCCAAGCUGUGCAGUAAACAAAUGGAUAAUCCAUCUGGUGUUGAGGGAUGUGAUGUUUCUCAUAAUCCAGUGGAAAAUAAGCAUGAUAAGAUGUUCAAGAAAGUUAGCUUCCCUGACUCUGAGGAUGCUGAUACCAUCAUCAAUGUGGAGAAUGAAUUGGGCAAUAACAGUGAACAUGUUUGGGUGGCAGAGCACCAGCAACCAACAGAACCUCAAGAAGGAAUUGAUAAUGGUAAUUUACCCUGUGAGGAUAGGGAUACAUCUACUGGUGUACAUGCUCAUGACGUUUCCAAAGCUAAGCAAAACAGUAACAUUGAUUCAGCUGAUGAUCAUUUACAGACACAGCACUUGAAAAAUCAGGGGCAAGUAGAAGCUUUUCUUGACCAUGAUACCGGCCACAAAUCACCAUCUCCACAAACCAGUGAGAAGCACCGUGAGAGUAGAAGACAACAUGCUGCUGUAGGUGAGGCAUGUCAUACCCAAGGAACAGUAGGAGACCAGAGCUGGAACAAGGUUUCACCGGGCAAAAAUUUAAAGUACAGAUCUCGACCCAAGCGUUAUUCAAACCCAAUAAUUCCUUCUGGCAGGCGAAAGAAACUUGCUUGGACUGUCCAGGAGGAAGAAGCUCUCAAGGAUGCAGUGCAGAAAUUUUCUGUAAAUAGUGAUGGUACUCUUCCAUGGACAAAAAUUUUGGAAUUUGGUCGCCGUGUAUUUCACAAAACACGUCAACCUGGUGACCUGAAAGACAAGUGGAGGAACAUUCAGAUCAAAGAGGGCUUGAGAACUAGAAAAACAUGAUACAACCUAAUCAGUGUUGUUGCGUGUUGGAUUUCUGUUUUGUUGUUACUUUUUGAUAUUGUUUUUUUUUUUUUGUAUACAUACAGAUCUCUGAAGUGUUUAGUCUGUCAAAGACAUGGAGGAACUUUAAGAUCAAAGAGGGUCGAGAACUUGAGAAACAUGUUAUAAUUUAAGAUGGUAGUUUAUUAAAGUCUUUCUUUUUUUAA